AUGUCUCAUUCAAAACACGAUGUUGCUGUCAAAUAUCAAAAGCAGCUCCCGAUUUCAAAUCUAAAAAACCGCCAAUGGCCUUCAGAAAGGUUAGCCAAAGCACCAACAUGGCUCUCGACAGAUCUCCGAGAUGGAAACCAGGCCCUCGUGAAUCCAAUGACACUUGACCAGAAAUGGCAAUUCUUUCAGCUGCUGGUUGGCAUGGGCUUCAAGCAAAUCGAAGUCUCCUUUCCCUGUGCUUCAGAUACUGAAUUCAACUUCACCCGCCGCCUUGUCGAGACCCCUGGUGCUAUACCGCCCGAUGUCACCAUUGAGGUGAUCAGCCCUUGUCGGAAAGAAGCCCUCGCCAGAACCAUAGAGAGCAUCAAAGGUGCCCCCAAUGCUAUCAUAUUCACCUUUAUGGCUACCAGUGACAACUAUCAAGAGACGAUAUUUGAGGCCAGCGAAGAAACACUGCUGGAGCGGGCUCGAACUUGCACCGAAUAUGUUCGCUCUAUCACAAAGGACGAUCCUAUCGCAAGCUCGCAGACAAAUUGGUCAUUCGGUUUUGGGAUGGAAGACUUUGGUAACAGUCGACCGGAAGUAGCUCUGCGUCUGGGUGAAACAGUGCGGAAUGCCUGGAAUCCCUCACGAGAGAACCCUGUCAUCCUUGGCCUUGCGACCAGUGUGGAGUCUCAUAUGCCGAAUGUCUAUGCGGACCAGGUCGAGUAUUUUUCAACCAACAUCUCCAACCGCGAGACUGUCUGUAUAUCUCUGCACACCCAUAACGACCGUGGGUGUGCUGUCGCAUCCGCGGAGUUAGGCUGUCUGGCGGGAGCUGACCGCGUGGAGGGAUGUCUGUUCGGCAAUGGCGAGCGAGCUGGCAAUCUCGACCUUGUCACCAUGGCAUUGAACUGUCUCACCCAAGGGGUCGACCCGGGGCUCGACUUCUCUCAUCUGCCAUACAUUCGUCAGGUGUAUGAAGAGAUUACCCGCCUCCCCAUCCAUCCUCGCACACCCUACUCCGGUGACUUAUAUUUCCGAGCAUGGAGUGGCUCACAUCAAGAUUCCAUACGCAAGGGCAUGAUAAAGUACAACAAUGCGAGGACUGACAACACGAAGCAACCUACCUGGCGAGUUCCCUAUCUGCCCCUUGAUCCUGCAGAUGUGGGACAGUCGUUUAAUAGCGUCAUUGGAAUCAACAGCCAGAGUGGCAAAGCAGGAGUAUCCUGGGUUCUUCUCCAGGAGCUCGGACUUGAUCUACCCUGUGAGGUCGCGAUGGAAUUCUCCAAAGUGACAAAGGUUCAUUCAGAACGGCUUGGGCGCGGGCUUGUCGACACAGAAGUGUGCGACCUCUUUCUGCGAACUUUUUCCGUGAGAGAAAUCUCCGAGGAUGUAUGGUUAUCAUGCUAUGGUGGCCCUCGUGUGAAGCUUGAUAUCAACGAGUAUGCGGACCUAGGUUCUGUGGAGAAAAUGAUUGCACGGCUCUCCAAUUUGCUCGCAAGAUCCUUUGAGCUCGCGGAAAUAGUCUCACAGAAUCUGGACAGCGUGACUGCUAAGAGUGCGGUUUUCAUCAAGUGCAAUUUGAAAGGAGUUGGCCAUGUUUGGGGAGUUGGUGUUGGUGUCGGGGGAAUGGCCAUUGCUCGAUCAGUGAUAUCUGCACUAAUGGUAGGUAAAUCAAAUACUGGAACAGCUUGCUCUUGUCUCAUCACAAAUGCUGACAUCGACCUCAAUUUCAUAGAAUAG